AUGAGGUGGGCUCUAAAGAGCAAAGCUCCUGAUACGGUUUCGGAACACAAGCUCGAGCACUGUGAAGACGCUUCACCAUCAUCUAAGAAUUGGAAGUCAGUCUUCGGCUUCCCGCCACGCUUUGAAGACACGCAUAUUGCUAUACGAGGGCGCAACGAGAGAUCGUGGAUUCCAAGAGAGGGCGAAAGUGUCCGAAAAUUUGUCAAUCGUUGCAACCAACAGAUCGAUACUCUCUUCGACGGCAACUACUUGACCAAAGAUGGAGCCAAUGCGCUGACGAAUAGCAUCACAACUUACUACGAUAACGCUGAGAAAGGCCGUGACAACAAGGAGCUCCUAGAAGAGAUUAAGGGCAUUGUUAAACACUAUGUCAGAGAAUAUCCUGACAUCACGCAGCUUGACGAGGAUUCCACCAGAUCAAGAAGAGAGAUUAUGAGGAGCGGUGGAAUUAUUCGCUACGAUGCCAACGGGAAGCGGGUUACAGAAACUUUUCACAAUCUUUCAGACGCUUUGAAGGUGAUUACGAUGCAAUUGGAAGAAGGCAAGCCCGGUACAAAUAUCUUCGUCCAGCCUUCUGAACCUACCGAAACGAAUGUCAUGGACGCAAAGCGUGAACUCUCUGAUGCUCUGGAAGGACGACCUUGCUUGGUUUUCGAAGAUGGGUAUUUUCAUGAAAAGUUCGUCACCGUGACACGUAACGACUACAACGACUACGAGAAAAAGCCUCUGGGAUUGCUGGACGCCAAAGGCCAUUUCUGGCUCUCUUCCUCGCGCCACUUCUUCAACACCACGCUCGAGCGGCGCCUAAAAGGUGUGCACCAGGGAUGUGGUGUUAAGCAGAAGAGUAAAUCUGGCCGCAACGAGAAAGACGGUACUGAUCAUCACAGUGACCGUCGCUCCUACUCGGCCGAGAUACGCACAAAGUCGACGCGCUUGAUCUUCCUGGUGUACGCUGUCGUGCAAAUCGCCGAGAGGUAA